AUGACCGUGCUGGAUAUGCUUAUGCUACGGCUCCUUCUUGGAAGACGGCAGCUGUACGCUCUUCCUUUCAUCAGUCUGGACGGUGCUUUCAUCAGAGUCAUCUUUGCCCAGCGCUUUGUCGUGGAAAGUGGCAGAGCUGUGUGCGUGGAGCAAAGAGCCUUGUCACAACCUAAAGUUCGACUCCAAGACGAGCCUGACGACAUGAAACUCGAAGGCGAGACCUUCCAUCAAUUCGGGUGUAUGGAGUAUAGCACCUCUAACUCCAGUGUUGCAUUCUUCCUAGACACGGAAGAUGAGCACACAAGAACGUUCGACGAGCAAUCCAUUCGCCGCAAGUCGGCUAAGAGGCAGAGGCAGCAACUCAAUGCGCCGAGUUUCCAUCUUUCCCGGCAUCACCAUUACCCUUUCGUUCAUGGGAUUCGACUUCCCAUCCUCCGCCCGUGA